CCCAUAUCUCACUCUAGCUCUCGUCACUGCGACCUUCUCACUACUCUCUCUCUCUAUCGCUCGCUGGGGUUCAGGCUAGGGAUUGGUUUCUCCGGAGCUUCCAACCUGAAUCAAAGCUAUAUGGUAUCUCUUCCUUUGUAGCUUUCCAUAAUUUAAUCAUUCUUAAUAUUUCCACUGCAUUCACCAGCUACUUUACUUUAAUUUCUACUGCGUUUUGGUUGAUGCAAGCCGUGAAUUUUCAUUUCAGCAACUCUUUUAGCAGUUGAUCAAUGUCAAUGAUUGAGGAUAGUAUCCAGAAAUCCACAAUCUUCAACUAUAGGAUUGAAUUAUAAGUUCUCAAUCUAGAGUUGAAUUGAACAUGGAAACGAAUUCCUUGCUUCUGAGAUAUUUUUCUGCGAAACCUAAUUCAGAGUAUGUUGCAUUGAGCUCGUUGCCCUGUCUGACUACUCCUCUUAGAAAUAGGCAGAGGAAAAUUCUUACUAUCAGAGCCAAUUCAUCAUCUGCUGAUGCGGAUCAUAAUCUUCAGAGUGAAUCGAAGAGCCUCCUUUCGCUGGCUCUGGAUGUUCCUAGGGCAAUUUGGAAGCAAACUCUGAGGCCUUUGAGUGAUUUCGGUUUUGGGGGGAAAAGUGUGUGGGAGGGUGGAGUUGGCUUGUUCCUCAUUUCCGGGGCGUUUUUGUUGGCAUUUAGCUUGGCUUGGUUGAGGGGGUUUCAGUUGAGAUCAAAGUUUAACAAGUACUUGGCUGUUUUCGAGUUCGAUCAGGCUUCCGGCAUUUGUACCGGAACGCCUGUGAGGAUUAGAGGGGUUAAUGUUGGCAAUGUGGUUCGUGUGAACCCCUCGUUGAGGAAUAUCGAGGCUAUAGUUGAGAUUGAAGAUGAUAAAGUAAUAAUACCAAGGAACUCGGUGGUUGAAGUCAAUCAAUCCGGUCUUCUUAUGGAAACACUCAUUGAUAUCACACCACAAGACCCCAUUCCGGUGCCAUCGGUUGGGCCUCUUCAUGCUGGUUGUGUCAAAGAGGGUCUAAUUGUGUGCGACAGGCAAAAGUUGAAGGGGCGCCAGGGGGUGAGCUUGGAUGCAUUGGUUGGAAUAUUUACUCGCAUUGGGCGUGAAGUUGAAGGGAUAGGUGUGGCAAAUACCUAUUCCUUGGCUGAGCAGAUUGCGGCUGUUGUUGAAGAGGCGAGGCCUUUACUUACAAAGAUUCAAGCUCUAGCUGAAGAUGUAGAACCUUUACUGGCUGAAGUUCAUGAUAGUGGUUUGCUGAAAGAAGCCAAGAAUUUAACCAAAAGCCUUACACGAGCUUCUGAGGAUCUGAGAAAGGUCCAAUCAUCAAUAUUAACUCCAGAGAACACAGAACUAAUUCAGAAGUCUAUCUACACUCUCAUUUUCACACUGAAGAACAUUGAGAACAUAAGCUCUGAUAUAUUGGGAUUUACCGGGGAUGAAGCCACAAGAAAGAACUUGAAACUGCUAAUUAAGUCUCUCAGCCGGCUACUAUGAAGAAUAUGCAAAAAAAAGUCUAUACAUUGAAAGUAGAGGUGGGACUUAAUUUUGGGAAGAUGUUUUUGGAUCGUGUAUGAUGAAGCUACUCUGUUUCGGGCAUUGAAAGGUCUCGUUGAAGGAGCUAAAUUGGUGCAUUCCUUAUACUGUGUUAAUCAUAUGAUCGAUGUUUCCAUGUGUUCUUUCACGAUCGAUGUUUGCUCUUGGAUGAGAUUUACAGCAUUCUCUCUCUCAGAUUGGUGAUCCAACCAUUGUUUUACACUCUUAGAUCAGAUGUUUUGUUUUUUAGAUUACAAGAAAUACAAAUAAUGGUUACAACUCAAUUCUGCAUUGUUCAUUUGUUCUAGCUCAGAUCUAAUGAAUACAUCAUUUUGAUA